GCUGAAGAAAGUGUCACAAUGCACGCUAUCGAUAUGCAGAUGCUUAUCGAUUGAUGCAUAUUUGUUUACUACCAAAAUUCAUUGCAGGAUUCGGCUGCGGCAAUCUUAAUAAUAUUUUUUAAAAGAAUCACCAAACACAAAGAAGAGAAAGUUAAAACAAGAAUGAUAUGCCGUUUGUGCCUGUGCGAUUUGGAGGACUCGAUGUCCAUAUAUAUAUUUAGUGAUGCCGAGCACGGUCUGCCCAAGGUUAUAGCCAAAUAUUUGCAACUUGAGGUAACUCUCAACGAUAACAUAUCCAACCGACUGUGCACAGAAUGUUGGCGUUAUUUAACCGAAUUCGAGCAAUUCUGUUCAAUGGUGUUGGACAAGCAACAGAUGCUGCUGAAAACGGAACCGGAACCGCCGCCCGAACCAGCUGUUGUUGUAUGGAACACGGAGUCGCCCCUUGAAUCGAAGCUGGCCUUCGAUGACGACGAGGACAACGAUGUCAAGGAUCACAUAUUGUGUGAGCCAGAAAUCGAUGCGGACAAUACACAUACACGCAAUUGCAGUGACAGCAGCAACAGCAGCGAGCAUCAGGAAUACGGCGAUGCAUUCGCUGAUGAGUUCCUCAUGACUGUGAAGCCCAAACAUACUAAGGGAAAAACGCGACAGGCGGCAAACAAAUUUGAAUUGCCUGCCUCAUCCUUGCGGGCAUCACGUGCACGGUCCCGUGAACUGCGACGCAAUGCAGCAGAUGCUGUUCCGGAAGAAGAGUCCGUGACAAUGAAAACAGCAACCAAAAAGGCAAUUUUAAAGCACGGCAAGCCGGGCACGGUUAAUCCAAAGAAACGUGGUCGUCCCAAGGGUAAAAUUGUCAAAACGAAACUGCCCAAAGCACCAGAUGGACCAGAGCUGGCUGCAAAGCGUAGCAGCAUUAAGGAAAUGGAUGAUUAUAUAGCCGCCAAUGUCAAGUUGGAUUGUUGCCUCUGUGCGGCGCCGUUAGAGAAUUUCAAUGACCUGAAGCGACACUUUCGGGCGGCACACAAUUGCACCGGUUACAUGGCGUGUUGCAACAAUCGCUAUAAGAAGCGUACACUGUAUGUGGAUCAUUUGCAUUAUCACAAGGAUCCGCAGUAUUUCAGUUGCCAGCCGUGCCACAAGAGCUUCCUCAAUCGCAACAGCCAGGACAUGCAUAUGCUGCGCUUUCACUCCGAUCAGCAACAGUUGGUGCAUCAAUGUGCCAUUUGUGAGGCACGUUUUGCCAAAAAGUUUCUGCUAACCAUGCACAUCAAGGUGCACAAGGGCACCGAGCGUCCAGAGACAUGUGACACCUGCAGCAAAACCUUCCGCACUAAACUUGAGCUAACGGCGCACGAGAAACGCAUGCAUACGUCCGACUUUACGCCCGUCAUCUGUGACAUUUGUGGCGCCAACUUUCGCUCCAAAGCGAACUUUCUAACCCAUAAGAAGGCUCUGCAUCCGGAUGGUCCCGUUGCCGAGGUGCAAUGCAAUCUGUGCAGUCGCUGGUUGCGUGAUGAGCGCAGUCUUCGCAAGCAUCUCGCCCGCCACGAUGAUCGCGAGGGCAACAACAAAUAUCGCUGUGUCCUGUGCAGCGCCGAGAAGGCAUCCCGGGUCGCAUUAAGCAGCCACAUGCGUUACCAUCACUCGGCCAAGCGACACAGUUGCACGCUCUGUGGCAAGGAGUUCAAGCUGCCGCGCGCCCUCGCAGAGCACAUGGCCACGCACACGGGCAUCGAUCUGUAUUCAUGUCCAUUUUGCCCGCGCACUUUCAAGUCGCAUGCCAACAUGCACAAUCACAAGAAGAAGAUGCAUCCCAAUGAAUGGGUGCGCAAGUACACACAGCCCAGUGUUAACAACGCUGAAGGAAGAGGGGGAGAAGGAGGAGGUGGAACAGCUGCUGCUGCCGCCACUGUCAAGUCCACAGUCACGACGACAACAACAACAACAGAUAUGAUCAUUGCAGCUGGUGAGAAUGUUGUUGUGGCAUUGGAUUCACCAAUGGAGCUUAUGGAGGAGGGCACACAACAAACGACAUCGGAUGCAUCCGGCAGUUAUCAGUACAUUAGUAACGGUUCUGUUUGUCCCAUCUGAAGGCAUUCCACCUCCCUCCCCUCCCUGGCAUUCCCCGUGCACAGACUGUCCACUUUGUAUAUAGUUUAUUGACAAAUGAUGAUAAAAAUGACGAAACGAACAUGUAGAAAUGUAGACUUAAUACUAUAAGCAAUUAAAUUUAAUUUAAUUCGA